AUUUGCCAAUGACUACAUUGCCUCCCGUGCGACCUCCAGCGAAAGCUGGGCGGAAGGGCAAGCAUUCUCAGCGGACGUUGCUGGAUGCGACAGAUCUCCCGGCGCCUGGUUUUGUCCAGGCCUUCUGCGCCAGUCAGCAGCUUUCUCAGGCCAUCGCAGCAGAGCGCCAUUGCAACGCCAACGGCCAGGCGGCCUACCUGAAGAAGAAGCAGCAGCAGCUUGCAUAUGUUGAAGAAGCACAUAAGCGAGAACAGCCUCCUCUGGAAGCGAUCGCAGCCCCAGAGAUCCUUCGGGGAGAAUUGAGACGCGAUGCUGUGUUUCAUCAUGGAGCAGCAGGGGUUCCAGCUCCAUUGACUGGAGCUGCAGCUUUGGAUAUUUGUGACCUUAGAGGUGGCGGUGUUCCGAUGGUCAAAGUUGGCAACGAGGCUUUUGUAUGCAGAGAAAAACGCCUUGAGAAUCAAAAAAACUUUUUGGCUUCCAGAAAAGUUCGUCACGAUGCUGCUCUGGAAGAGUUUCAACGUGCUGUAGAUGUUCUUUCAGAAGAAUGUCAACAAGAAGUUGAAGGAGCUACAACCAGAGUGAAGAAAGACCUGGAAGAAAAAGUGGUCGAAAGCAAUGCAAUUUUAGAGCCUUUAGAACCACCUCCGCUUCCAGAAAGACCGGAAGGGGAAGAACCUUUGGUGCUGGAUGAGACCACCCUUUUGGACGAGUUGCAUGACUUGCCCUUGGAUGGAACAAUUGAUCCUGCCAAAGCCAAAGCCGUGGCGGCAGAGAACGCCGCAUUGAAAGCUUUGAGAGCGUUGGGAGAGCGUACGGAAGGAGAAGUUCGGGGCAUUCUCAAAGCCGUGGAGGCUUCGACUUUGACGCGAAAGAAGCGGAUCGAAUCCUUCGCUGGUGCAGAAGGUGAGCUUGCGCGAAUCGACCAGCUCCGCAAGUCCAAGAUGGAGGAGCUCUUGAAGAGUUUGGUGGAGGCGCUCACAGCUGCUGCUCAUGUCGUCCAUGGCGAAGCUGAGCGGCUGGUGGAAGAAAAGGCGCUCUCAUUUGACCAAGUUCUCCUUGACAACAGGAAAGCGAUGCACCAAUUAGAAGCCAAGCUGACGGUGCAGGCUUUAGAGGACAACAAAGAGUACAAGGUGCGGUGGCACAAAGGCCUGCUGCUGUGGAAGCAGCAAAGGCAUAGACACAGUAUGGCAGUUGUGAUGCGGCGAAUUCGCAGCAAUGAGUUCCGCCAGCCAGAUUCACUUAUCGAGGCUGUGGGAAGGGUGCGAGACCACCAAGCGUAUGUGCUCAAUCAGCGGAAAGAGCUGAUGGAUGAGCUUUUUUGCAUCCCUCAGCAGCGGCUCACUGUAGCAGCAGUCCGCCAAUUGGAAGAGGCAAACACACAGUUAAACGAUAGAGCCCAGGAGACCUUCGAUACCCUGCUCGUGGAACUCAGAGAACUGCGAGAAGCAUUGAAUGUUUCGGCGGAGCAGAUGCUUGGCGAGCUUGGGCUCGAGCUGGAAGUGCAUGAUGCUCGCCAGGAAUGGAAAGGCCAUGACUCGGUGGCAAAUCUUAUUGACGCAGAAGUUAGGCCACCGUUGCGAGAGUGUCUUGAUCAGGUGGCUGCCAUGCUGCAUGCACUUUCCAACAAGCUCACUCAUCAAGAGGAGGCCUUGCACCUCGCAGUGACGGGUGUUCUCAGUUUCUUCACCAACCUCGCCAAGAGACAAGAGCUGCUGAAGAAACGUGUGGAGGAGUUUGAGGUGAAUUACAAUGGCGAGGUUGAAGAUUGUGAAAAAGAUUUCGAAGAUACCUGUGAAAGGAACGAGAAUCGAAUGAAAGAAUUGCAUGGCGAAAUUGAUGACGCAGCUCAUCAUGAGACUUUGGAUGAGCUGAAGCAGCAAACAUUUGAUCACUUGGAUCAAAUGGCUGUUGGAUAUCGAGAUCAUGCAGAUCAGCUUCUGUGCAUCCACAACAGAUAUCCUGGCGAAGCGCAGGCCUUGAUUCGCAAAGAAACCCGUGGCUAUUGUCAGGACUUGGGCUUGGCGUUGGACCCCGCCGAAGAGACGGUAGCACUGGCAGCUGAGCGAGCGGCAGCCACAGCGAUUCUGGAAGCAGAGGCAGUCGCAGCUGCAGAGGCUGCACAUGCACCAGCUGCAGAUGAAGAUGAAGCCGCACGGGCGGCCAGGCUAGAAGCCCUUGCGGCAGCUGUUGAAGCAGCAAAAGCCAAAGUGCACCAGGACGCUGAAAGUCGUGAAACGGAGGCAGUAGAGGCGGAAACUGCUGCGUUCGAAGGACUGGAGGAGAAGAGCCUGUGGUGUGCCACGGAUGGCACUGCAUUAGGUGGAGGCACCGGCUGCAAAGUCCUGGAGAAGAAAACGCUGGAGGAACUCCGAGGUACAGUGCUUCAAGAGCCGAAACCCGAAGCAGAUGCUGAUGCAGAUGCUGCCGAUGCUGCAGAUGCUGCAGAUGUUGAUGGAGAAGCAGAAAGCCACGGCGACGAGCCGGUGUUUGCAGAUGGAACACAAGCACUGGACACCUUGUCCUUUGAUCAUGGAUGGUUUGAAGAAAAUUUGGCUGGUUUGCGUGAUGCCAUCUUCCAAAACCUUCAAAGUCAGAAGCGAUACUUGGACAGGGUCGAUAUCCCUGCAGCAUGCGAAGAAGUACGGCGAGAUCUUGAUCAGCGACUCCGCCGACACACCAAUCGAAAGGGAGAAGUCCAGGUAGAAUGGUAUGUGCCGCGCUAUGGAACUGUCUCAAAGCACAAGGACAAGUUCGAAAGGCACUUGAUCAGUGUGGCGCACAAGUGCCAAGAUCAAGACGAUGUCGUGGAGAAAGCUCUGCAAGAAGUGGAGGAAGUGGAAGAAAAGUUCAAACAGGAUCUUGUGUCUCUGCAGGACCGCCUUGGUGAAGCUGAAACCUUGCCUGUUCUCACGUCAUUUGAGCGGCAGGCUUCAGAUUUGCUGUCCGGCUUCAAAGACUUCUGCAAAAGUGCAGUGAAGACUCUGCUGGAAUUGAGCAGCAAAGCACCACAGGCACUGCAGAAAGACAAUCAAGCUUUCCUCAUGAUGUGCAAAAAAGGAGAGGAGCAGUACAGCGAACCUGAGAUUGCCUACUAUGGUGGUGAGAUUCAAGAGUUGAACCAGACCUUGGAUGAGCGAAUGCAACAGCGAGCCCAGAAAGCCCAUGAACUAGAGGGUCAAAUCGACGAGAAAUGCAAAGCUCCCAUGCAAGUCUUCUCGGAAGCGUAUGCUGCCGCAGUAGAAUCCCUUUGCGCCAGCAAAGGCUAUGGCCGGAAGUAUGGUGAACCUCGACGCAAAGCACAGGAGCGUGUACGCACCCUGAUAGCCCGAGCGAAAACUGUUGGUGCAAAUAUCGAAAUACUUUUAGACUAUGUCAAGAGUAUGCUGGCGCUGCCAAUAGAAGAGGGUGGCAUUGAAGUUGCGACCAUGCCGCCGUUGCCUCGAAUCAUCAGCAUAAGGCAGUUCUUCGCAAGAGGUGGUGAGAGCUGGACAUUUCCUGCCGAAUGUUUGGGCAUGCUUUACGUAGCAGUUUGUACAAUGGCAGAGCUCGGAACGCAUCUGGGGGCCUUCAAAGAAGGUUAUGCCUCGAAGUAUGAGCUUUCAGCAGUUCCGGGCCUCCGUAUCCUGCGAGAGGAUGCGUGCUUGAUGCCUUCCUCGGACGAACAACAGGAGGUACACCGCAAAGCCGAAGCGGCAAAAAAAGCCCUGAGUGACAAUUCAGCGGAAGACAGAGAAGAAGCUGAAAGCACUGUGCAGUUGUCAAGGUCAUUAGAGGCCUCUGCGAGCUUGAGAGAAGAUUCCCUCCUGCGAGUGUUGGGCCCUUUGAUGAAGAGCGAAAAGUUCAACAACGAGAUUCAGCUUGUCAUUAAAGCUUCCCAUGAGGCUUACGCUGGACAGGUGCCAAUCUGGGAGCCGUGGUGA